AGCCGGACGUGGAGGAGGUGCGCCGACUGGCGGCCCGCCUCUGCCGCGGCUUCCAGCAGCGCGGCGAGCGCGACGACGUGCUGCGCAAGGUAGAGCGCGUCGAGGCCGACUACCAGGACGUGCGCCGGCUGGUGGCCGAACGGCGGGACCGCGCCGAGUACCUGCUGGACGAGGCGGCCUUCUACGAGGAGCUGGGCCAACUGGGCGGCCUGGUGGAUCAGCACCUGGCCUGGGUGGAGGGCGUCCGGCCGCGGCCCGCCGGCCGCAUGGCCGUGCUGGCCGCCUGCAAGGAGCGCCUGGAGCAGAUGCAGCGGGACGAAGAGCGUGUCACGGCCAUGGCCAACAAAGCCAAGGACCUCAUCAGCCUGGGCCAGGGCGACGAGGAACAGGUCGAGGCCGACGUGGACGUCUUCCUGCAAAAGUGGGAGACGGUGAUGAACAAGAUUACUGAACUCGAGACGGAGGUGAGCAACACGCAGCCGGAGCGGCCGGCCGCCUUCCUGGAGGCCGUGGCGGCCCUCUCCGGCUGGGUGGCAGAGCUGCACGACGCCCUGCUCGGCGAGCCGUUCGUGGUGCGCGCUGCUGCGGAGAUGGAAACUCAGCUCGACAGGUAUAAGGAGCUGCAGUCGGAGAUGGACACCCAACAGGCCAGCCUGGACUUUGUCAACUCGAGUGGCCAGGAGCUGAUCAGCGCCGGUGACGCCGAGCUGCGCGGACAGCUGGACGAGCUGAACCAACGCUGGGGCGCCGCCGGGGCGCUGCUCACCGACCGCAUGGCCAAACUGGAACAGGCGAUUUUCGACUCGUACCAGUACCAGACGGAGGGUGACGGCGUGGAGAGCUGGCUGAGGGAGGUGGAGGAUCUGCUCUCCGAGCCGGCCGCUGAGGGGGAUGCCGCCGCGCUCACCGCUCAGAUGGAACAGAGCGACGGCCUGCUGCGCGACACGUGCUCCCUGCGCACCACGCUGGAGGGCGUGCUACGCACCGGUGACCGGCUGCGCACCUCUGCGGCCCCGGAGCUGCGCCAGCACCUGACGGAGCGCAGCCGGCGACUGACCGAGCAGCUGGACACCGCCGAGCGGCGCGCCAGAGAGAGGGCCCAGCGCAUCGAGAAGGCCAUGGAAGACUGUAAACAGGUGGCGGAGCAGACUCGCCUGCUCUCGGAGCUGGUCUCCAAGGUGGCGGAGCAGACCCGCCUGCUGUCCGAGCUGGUCUGCGAGGUGGAGUCUCAGCUGCCAGCCGAUACGGCCAUCACCACGCCGGGUCAGCUGAACGACCUGCGACAGCUGCUGACCAAGCUGUCUGCUCGACUGCUGGAGGGACAGGCCCGCCACGAGCAGCUCAAUAAACAGGCGGACGCGGCGGCCGGCGCCGCCUGCCAGCGCUGGCUCGAGCUCAGCACCCAGCUCACCGCCCGUGCCGAGCGCUGCGAUCAGGCCAUCGCCAACUACGAUCAGUUCAAGAAGCUGACCUUCGCCGAGAACAGCUGGUUGGACCGGCUGGAGAAGAAGCUGGCCCGCUCGCCGCGCCUGGCCGCUGACGCCGAGGAGAUCAGUGCUGAGCUGGACGAGCUGGAGACGUACCUGCACAACCACCCGGCCGAGCGGAUCCCGCAGGUCCAGACGCUGGCCGAGCAGCUGACGGCGGCCAGCGUGCUCCGGGACGAGGUGCAGACCGACCGGGACAACAUCGUGCACCGCUGGCAGCAGUUCAGCGAGACGGAGCUGUCGGCCGAUUUCGGUACCGCCGAGCGACUGCUGCGUCAGCUCUCUGAACAGGCAGCCCGCUACCUGGCAGAGGGCAGGGAGAACGCGGCAGCGCGUCUCCAGGAGCAGCUGGGAGUCCUGCAGAGUACGUACGGCGAGGUGCGUUCAGAGUACGUCAAGUUCCAGACGCCGGCCGACUUCGAGCCGCGUCUGUCGGCGGUGGCCGGACGGCUGGCGGAGGCGCAGCGCCAGGCCGGGGAGGCUGAGAAAGAGACGGACCGGCCCGAGGGCAUCCAGGCCCAGAUGGACAGCUGUCUGAGUACCUACACUGACAGUAACACUGACCGGCUCGAGGGCAUCCAGGCGCAGAUGGACAGCUGCCUGCGGCUGUACCAGGGUCUGGCCGAGCUCAAGUCCGAGGUCGAGUACGUGAUCCGCACGGGCCGGAAGGUGGUGGAGGACGGCGCGUGCGACCAGCCGCAGCAGCUCACUGAGCGGCUCGACUCGCUCAAGGCGCUCUACAAUCAGCUCGGCUGCCGCGUGCCGGAGACCAAGUGCGCGCUGGAGGCUCGUCUGCGCGCCGCCCGCCGUCUGCCGCCGCUGGAGCAGUGGCUGACUGAGGCGGCCGCCGAGCUGGACGCGGCUGAGGCGCGCGGCGACCAGUGCCGCUGGCCGGACGAGGCGGACGCCUGCCGACGGCUGUCGGAGGAGGCGUCCCGCCGCCAGACGGCGCUGGCCGCGCUCGGCGAGGCGGAUGCGGCGGCGCCGGCCCUGCAGCGGAGGCUGGCCGAGGCACGGGACGGCUGGCGGCGGCUGCAGGCGCGACUGGCCGACCGGGCCCGGCUGGUGCAGGAGAAGCAGGAGGCGAGCGAUGCGCGCCUGGCCAGCUUCGAGUCGGACCUGAGCGACCUGGACAAGUGGCUGGAGGACGCCGAGAAGGCGGCAGAAGACAGCGGCAAGGCGCAGGAGCUGGAGCGGCAGCUGCCGGAGCGCCGCUCGCAGCUGGCCGCUGCCCAGCAGACAGCCGCCCAGCUGGCUCUCACUCAGUGUGAGCAGAGCGUCAGCAGUAUGAUGUCCGAGCUCAACACACGCUGGAUGGAGGUCACCGACAAGGUGCAGAGAGCGGCAGCGGCGAGCAGGGUCUCGGCGCCGGCCCCGACGGCCCAGUCGCGGCAGACAGAGUUCGUGCGCACCAUCGAGAGCAAGCAGCGCGAGCUGGCGGCUGAGCCGCCCGUCAGCCUGGUAGUGACGCUGCCCUACUCGACACCUCCGCGCACCAUCGUGGAGGUCGAGCAGACCACCGUGACCAUCUCCUACCUGACCAUGGACGUGGAGACGCCGCCGACGGUUACGAGCGCCCCGUCCGUGCCCGUCACCACUACCAUCAGCAGCCUGUCGAGCGCAGCUGUGCCGAGCGUAGGCACGUCGACCCCGACCCCGGACCAGAAGAUGGUCACGGCUCAGGACCCGUCACCGGCCCCAGCUCCGGCUCCAGCUACGGCUCCGGCUCCGGUGGCGGCUCCGGUCCCGGCUCCGGCCGCGGCUCUGGCUCAGGACUCGUCACCGAGCCGCAAAUCGAGCACCUCCUCAGUGCUGGAUGAUGUGAUCAGUGGUUUGGAGCAGACGGCUGACCACAGUCGCCAGCUGCUCAGUACCCUGGAGAGGAAGCGGCGCCGCAGCGUGGAGAGAAUGUACGAGAUGGCCGCCCAGGCGGACGCGCAGCGCUCCAUGGCCGCCGCCAAGAGCCGGCGGCGCAGUGACGAGUUCCUGGCGCGGCGCAGCAGCAGCUCCAGCCCGGCGCCCACGGCCGUCUCCGCGCCUGGCGCCGACUACGAGGUGAUCACGUACAAAAGUCCGAGCCCGUGGAGCCCGCGCAGCUCGGUGUGCUCGUUCAGUCCGCGCGACAGCCCGCUGCGCGAGUUCCCGCCGCUGCUGGAGGAGGCGGUGGUGACGGUCGGCCGGCUGUCGCUGCCCUCCGCCCAGGACCCGGAGCGCUGCCACCUGGCCGGCAGCACCGAGCUGACCGAGCCGGCCGCCCGCGAGUCGCCGCGCCGGCUGUCCGCCUCACGCACACCGCCGCCGGUGCCGCCCAAACCGCGCUCCCGCAGCCUGGGCGCCCCGCCGUCCCCGGCCACUCCGCCGGCCCCGGCGGCUCGGACAGCCCCGGUGGCCCCAGCGGUCCCGGCGCGUACCAGCACAUCACCAGCCACCAGGCGGUUCAAGAUAAUCGGCGUCGACUCGGACCCGAACGGCGCUGCCGAAGCGGAUGAUGAUGUGUUCACUGCGACGCGCGUGGAUCGCGCCCCUGCCGACUGGACUGACUCUCCUCCACCGGCGCGCGACAAGCUGGCUGCACUGCGCCGGAUCACAGAACUGGCUCCGGCCGCUCCGGCGGCUCCGGCUCCCAGCGCCGCGCCUCGGCAGCGCUCUGAGGAGCCGCCGGCCGCUCAGGAGUCGGAGGUGAUGCGGGAGCAGCGCGGCGCGCCGCACCACCUGAUGACGCGCUCACCGCGCGCGGCGCGCCCGCCAGCCUCCACCGGUUCGACUGUGCCGGACCUGGUGACUCCGCUGGCCGAGCUGGAGCGACAGCGGCGAGUCAAAGUGCUUAGCUCGGACUCCUCCGACUCGGACUCGUCCGACUCGUCCGACUCUGACUCCGAUGACUCGCUGCACCUGUCCACCUCGUCUCUGAGCGACCGCGACUUUGGAGAGCCGCGCCGGCUGCGUCCUCAGCAGGGCCAGACACCGGCAACCACCACAACCAAGAAUGCACCGCCGAAGCGCACGCCCGAGCGGUCGGUGGCGCUCGAAUCCUCCCCAGAAGUCAUCGCCAACCAGUUCGCGGUGUCGGCGCGCCGCAGCAGCAGCGAUCGGAUGCGCUCCUCCCCUGCCGACCGUACCAGCGGCGCCGGCGUCCUGGCGAACCGGUACGCCGUGGAGGGGCCCGCGCCGGCCGCCGGUCAGGACGAGGUGGCCGCCUAUGUGGCCGAGGUGGACGCAUGCAUCGGCCGGAUCGACGCCGUGGAGGCGGAUAUGGAGAGGCAGCCCAAGGUGGCCGCCCGCCGGCACAGCGAGAUCGAGGCGGCGCAGCUGGCGGUGUCGCUGCUGCAGCCCGACGUGGCCACACUCAUCUCGCGCGGAGACACGCUCGUCUAUGGCCUGCAUAGCCGCGACGUGGGCCGCGCCGAGACGCUGCGCCGCAAGCUGGACGGCCUGCGCGCCCGCUGGCACGCGCUCAAGUCGCACAUGGAGGUCCGCCGGCUGACGUACCAGCGUCUGGACUCCAUCAGCCGCUCCUGCAAACACCAGCUGGAGGACAUAGAGCGCUGGCUGCUGCAGGUCAAUGCCCGCCUGGAGGCAGCCAACAACGACCUCGCUCAGCAGAAGGCGCUGCAGGAGGAGAUCAGCGAGCGCGGCGUGGAGCUCGAGUCGGUGCGUUGGGAGACGGCUGACCUCACCGGGCAGGACCGAGAGAAGCUGGCCGCCAUCCUGGACGACCUCAGCAAACGCUGGAAGGCCGCCCAGGACCGCUGCAAACAGUACCAGAAACUUAUGGACGGUAAAAACAUCGACCCCAAGACGGCGCCCAGCCCGGCGGCCGCGUUCGCCGCUCGCGUCUCCACCGUCCGCGAGGCGGUGGCCACGGUGCAGCGUCAGCUGGCCUCUGCGCCCCUCGGAGUCCGACAGUACGAACGGUUCAACGCCAGGGAGGAGGCACUCAAGAGUAUCCGCGCGGCGAUUGACGCGCUGGAGCCGCGCGUCUCGGAGCUGCUCACCGACCUGGGCUCGCUGACCUCCGCUGACUCGGCGCAGCGGCAGAUGGCGCAGCGGGCGGCCGAUAAACUGCGCGACGACUGGCGACGGCUGCAGCAGGGCUAUCAGGAGAGGCACAGCAACAUGGCCCGGUGCCGGGAGACGUGGCGCCUGCUGCAGGACAACAUGCACGAGUUUGGCCAGUGGCUGGUCACAGCCGAGGCGCGUAUCGCCGAGACCCGCUCCCUGGGCACGGCAGAGAUCCCGCAGCUGCGCGCCGCACAGAAGGAGCUCGAGAAACAGGUCACCAUCAAACACAAUGUGUACACGGCCAUCUCGUCGGCCAGCAGAGAGGUGAUCGGAGGACUGUCGGCGGCUGAGGCCACCAACUUCCUGGAGAAGAUCGAGAACCUCAACAAACGCUGGAAGGGCGUGCUGGCAGAGCUGGCCGCUCGACGCGAACGAAUCUCCACAAUGGAGGACGAACAGGAGGCGCACACGCAGACGGCGGCGCUGCUGAGCUGGAUCGAGUCGGUGCUGGCGCUGACACAACAGCAGAUCAACCCCAGUGACGAGGGCGCGCUGAUUGUCAACAACAGCAUGGCACAGUCCCGCAUGGCGGAGCUGCCCGACAAGAAAACCUUGGCCAACAAGCUGUCCUGGCCGGAGCGCAAGUACCGGCCGCUGGCCGAGCUUCAGAAAAUCUCCGCCGGUCUGGAACAGGUGGGCUCUGUGCUGCCGGGCCACUGCACGCGGCUGCAGCAGCAGCUCUCGGCCGUCCAGAAGCUGUACCAGGCUCUGACGGCGCUCGGCGACUGGGCUCAGCGGCGACUGAACGGGGUGGCAGAGUGGGACCCAGAGCGGCGCACCGAGCAGCGGCAGCUGCUGGCCGCUGACCUGGGCGAAAAGCAGCAGGAGUGGCGCUCGGUGGUGGAUCAGUUUGAGCGACUGAAGGAGUCGUGUGCCGCCGCCGGACUGCCCGUGGCCCAGGACGUCCAGAGCCGCGUGGACGGCGUGCAGGCGUCGUGGCGUCAGCUGCAGGAGGUGUCCGAGGGCCGCCAGGUGACGGUGACGCCGUCGGCCGUUCCCACCUCCCCCGCCUCGCCGGCCGCCGCCGCCCCGGUCCGACGCGUCGACCGGACGUCCAUCAAAAACGUGGGCUUGGCGGCACCGUCGCCGUCCGCCGACCCGUCGCCGUCGCCUACCUCUCCGGACGGAUCCCGGGCCGGCUCUCAGCCCCCCAGCUUCCCGUCGCCGCUGACCAAACACCGCACCGUGGCGCCGGCAGCGCUGGUCACCAGUCUCGACAAGAGCAUCAGCCAGAUCAAGGACUGGCUGACGCUCAUUACACGGAUGUGCGACAAACCGGUGAUUAUCGGCGACGCCGCCGACGUCGAGCGGGUCGUCUCCAAACACAAGAAUGUGCUCCGGGAGCUGGAGUCGCGGAAGGCUCAGCUCAGCGAGCUGGUCAGCUCGGCAGACGGCCUGAAGGACGACCACAAUCGGCAGCAGGUUCACACCAAAGUGAGUCAGCUGCGCGAGUCCUGGGACCAGACGGAGGCGGCCGUUCACCGCCGACUCAGUCAGCUGGAGACGGCCCGGCUGGACUCGGCUUCGUGGGAGGCCAGCCGAGCGGAGCUGGCCGCCUGGCUGACCCGGCUCGAGGUGCGGCUCGACCAGCUGACGCCCGUCGGACACACGGCCGACCUGCUCGAGACGCAGAUCAGGGAGCAGAAGGCUCUGGCGCUGGAGGUGCACCAGCACAAGCAGCGCGUGGAGGCCUUCAGCCAGCUGACGCACCAGCUGAUCGCCAGUUGCCAGCGCGAGGACACGAGACAUAUCAAGCGUACCAUGGAGCAGGUCAACCAGCGCUACGGCAGCCUCAACGCCAGCAUCAUGGCGCGCGGCAAGAGCCUGCACUCUGCGCUGUCGUCGCUGUCCAACUUUGACCAGGCGCUGGAGCGGUUCUCUGCCUGGAUGUCGGAGACGGAGUCGCAGCUGGAGUACAUUGACGCCGAGGUGGACCGGCUGGGAGCACGACAGGACGCCCAGGCGCUCCGGACGCCCGGCAACCAGCUCAAGGACCUGCAGACGGAAAUUGACUCGCACCGGGACGUGUACGCCUCGCUGGUGGGCGGCGGUCAGAAGCUGGGCGCCGGCCUGGACAAUGCCGAGGAGGCCUCCAUGCUGCAGUGUCGCCUAGACCAGAUGAACCACCGCUGGAACUACCUGAAAAACCGGGCCGUCGCCAUCAAGAACCGGGUGGAGAGCAGCUCGGAGAGCUGGGGAGCGCUGCUGCUGUCUCUGCGGGAGCUGCUCGAGUGGACCAUCCGCAAAGACACGGAGCUCGGCCGGCUGGGACUGGUCACCGGAGAUGUGGCCGCCCUGCAGAGACAACAGGAGGACGUCCGCUCCCUGCUGAGCCAGCUGGACGACAAGCAAGCGCUGAUCGACAGCAAGCUGAAGGCGGCGCGCGCCAUCACUGCAGAGGCGGCCGGCCUGUCCGAGUCCAGCGACAGCGAGGCUCGCAGCGAUGCGGAUGGCGACGGUCGCGGUUACCGGUCCGACGUGGAGCAGACCCGCGACCUGGUGCGCUCCGUCCGCCGGGAGGCCGCCAAACUGGGCGACAAGUGGGCAGAGCUGCGCCAGCAGGCCGACGCCGCGCGGCGCAAGAUCGACGCCACACUGGUGAAAAUGCACGUGCUGGAGAAGUGUAUGAACGACGUGGAGGAGCGUGUGUGCGCGGCGGAGGCGGCGCGCGGCAGCUGGAGCGACGACGGCGUCACCACGGACGGCGACGUGACGCAGUACAAGCAGAUCAGCAGCCAGCUGGUGGGCGCCCAGCGCGGCCUGGACGACAUCAACGACCAGGCGGCACGGCUGGCCGCCAACAGCGUGCCGCUGAACUCUGCGCAGCUGUCGCGGCUGGAGUCGCUGAACGGCCGCAUGAAGUCUCUGACGGCCGCGAUGGACGAGCGGUACCGGCAGGUGGCCGGUGGCCGUCCGCCGGCGCCGCACGCCGCCGACGGCUUCCUGGGCCGCUCGGUGGAGCCGCCGUGGGAGCGUGGCACGGCCGCCAACCACGUGCCUUACUACAUGAACCACAGCACGCAGCGCACCCAGUGGGACCACCCGGCGCUGGCCGAGCUGAUGCACGGCAUGGCCCAGCUCAACACGGUCCGCUUCUCGGCCUACCGCACCUCGCUGAAGCUGCGCCGGCUGCAGCGGCGGCUCGCGCUGCACCACCUGCCGCUCGCACACGCUGUGGAAGCGUUCGACGGCCACGGUCUGCGCGCCCAGAACGACAAGCUGAUCGACGUGCCGGACAUGCUGACCGUGCUGGCCACGCUGUACGAGACGAUCGCGGCAGAGAGCAACGACCAGGUGGACAUGCCGGUGUGUCUGGACCUCUGCCUCAACUGGCUGCUUAACGUCUACGACAGCCAGCGGACGGGGCAGCUGCGGGUGCUCUCGUUCAAAGUCGGUAUCGUGGCGCUCUCCAAGGGUCACCUGGAGGAGAAAUACCGCUACAUGUUCCGGUUGAUCGCUGAUCCGCAGCGCCAGGCCGACCAGCGCAAGCUGGGCCUGCUGCUGCACGACCUGAUCCAGCUGCCGCGUCAGCUGGGCGAGGUGGCCGCGUUCGGCGGCUCCAACAUCGAGCCGUCGGUGCGCAGCUGCUUCCAGCAGGCGGGCGCUGAGCGCGAGACGAUCGAGGCCGUCCACCUGCUGGCUUGGCUGCGCGCCGAGCCGCAGAGCGUCGUCUGGCUGCCGGUGCUGCACCGGGUGGCCGGCGCCGAGCGCGCCCGCCACCAGGCCAAGUGCAACGUCUGCAAGGAGUACCCCAUCAUCGGCUUCAGGUACCGGUGUCUCAAGUGCUUCAACUUCGACAUGUGCCAAGAGUGCUUCUUCACCGGGCGCGUCUCCAAGAGUCACAAGUUGACGCAUCCGAUGCACGAGUACUGUACUGAGAGCUCAUCCAGUGACGACAUCAAGGACUUCACCAAGUCGCUGCGUAACAAGUUCAAGUCGAAGCGCUACUUCAAGAAGCACCCUAAGCUGGGUUACCUGCCGGUGCAGACUGUGUUGGAGGGGGACGCCCUGGAGUCGCCGACCGCCUCCCCGCAGCACCAGUCACCCGAGAGGGGGCACAUGUUCAACAGCUCGCGCUUCUCCGACACCGACGUGCACAACUUCUCCACCCCAGAGAGCGAGGACGAGCACCAACUCAUCAUGCAGUACUGCCACAGUCUGAACACCAGUAACGGCUGUGCGUCGGGCGGCGGCAGCGGCGGCGGCGGCGGCGCGGCCGUGCCCUGCAGCCCCGUGCAGCUGGUGCGCGAGAUCGACGGCAGCCAGCGCCACCAGCUGGAGACCAUGAUCAGAGAGCUGGAGGACGAGAACAAGUGUCUGCAGGCCGAGUACCAGCGUCUGCGCAGCGCUGGCCCGGCGCCCGCUGAGCUGCCGGCCGGGCCGCGCGACCGCGAGAUGCUGACCGAGGCGCGCCUGCUGCGGCAACACAAGGGCAGACUGGAGACGCGCAUGCAGGUGCUGGAAGAGCACAACCGCCAGCUGGAGCAGCAGCUGAGCAAGCUGCGCCGCCUGCUGGACGAGGGCGGCGGCGGCAGCGGCAGCCUCUCCCGCACUGGGACCCUGCAGACCCGCUCAGUGACUGCCUCCCAGCUGGCCACAGACUCGCCAGCGCGCGCCAACGGCGGAUCACUGCCCCGGCAAGGAGACCUGGGUAAAGCAGUCGGCGAGCUGGUCAACGUGAUGACGGACGAAGAGCCAUCUCCCGAGGAGCGACCAAAGCAGUAGUUGCGGCUGCUGCCGCCGAGUGGCGCUGUCGGCCGCGCCCGGCGCAUGUUGUUGGACUGUUACUAAUCUUUGGUGUCCUCUUAUGUGCAAACUUUGAUACGAUGAAGUGUUGAGGCGUCAUGUGGCAUAUCACGUACAAUAUCACAGCUAAACUUGCUUCCAAUCACCACAUAUCGCGGCCAUGCGCGCCGUGCCGGUGCGAGUUCGGCGUGCCGAGGGCACCGGGCGGGUCAGACUGACCGUCAGAAGAUACAACACUCACACAGACACACAUACACACACGUGCGUGCACAGCGAAUGGGAGAGUGUGAGAUAGAGGCCGCCUGUCGCGGCGGCGGCCGACGCCAGAGAUUUCAAUAAUUUUGUAAUAGCUUGCGCAGUUAUCACCACUAUAAUGAUAGUCUGUUUAUUUAUGUGCGUAGUGAGCUUGCUAGCGGACCCAAUGGAGAACAAAUAAUGUGCUAGAAGAUCAUUUUAAUCUCAUUGACAUGAUUCCCGGAGCUGUACUGAGGUGAAUCGUUGGACGUUGUUGAUUACUUUUAUUUCCUGCGACCGGUCUCCCAGAGAAUGAAAUAAAUCGUCACAGAUGA